GCCGAUGGGGCAGCCUGUACUACCUGAAGGUGAGGCCAUCUCGCCUGGACGACAGACGAACGACUGGAUCGGCUCGACAGCAAGCCAUCAUCGCGCGGCACUGAUCCAUCAUCAGCCUGCCUGGCGAUCAACGAGGUUGGGGACGAUGUCAGGUCCUCAGACGGGGCCAAGCACAGACUUGCCCCAGCGGCAAAAAGUGAGCCGGACAUCGAGUAAGAUGCCAAGGCGGACGAGGACCGUGCAGAGCUCCCUCUCGACAGACUGGCCACGUACAUCACUCGUCCUCCUUGCAACAGUGGCCCUCGCUUGCCUGGUCAGUGCGAGUGCUGCGGAUACCGUCCCUAUCGCGGGGUCAGCGGGCGAUCAGGUCCAGUUCCGCGCACCGCCGAGCCGGGACGCACAUGCUUUCAUGCCUGCACUGUCCUCCUACGUCGAUCGGAUAAUCCAGAGCGUCACUGCUGGCAAGAGUCAAAAUGACGAGGAGGAUCGCCUGUUAGAAGUUGAAGCGAGAAUUGCUGCGUCCGCUCACGAACAUGAUUAUCUCAGCGGAGCCACAGACGAGCAGAAGGGCCACUUUGACCCUACCACAUUCGUACGGCAGCAUAAUCUCGACCAGCUACUGCAUGAUCUGCCGUCUGCAAAAGACAUCCUCUUUCCAUCGGCGAGUCGCGCCACCGGAGUGAAGGGUCGAACGAGCGCCGAAGAAGCCAGAGAAAUGGAGCGUAAGGCACAUUCGGUCGCUGAACUCAUCGCAAAGCUCGACUUUGAGAGCUUGCAACCUCUCUCGUCCGAAGAACGCAAGCUCUUUGAUCCCGAGUACCACGACAAGAACUAUCGCAAUCGCAAGCGCGCCCAGCCCAUCAACACUGCCGGUCUGCCAGAUUAUCCACCCACGUGGCUCAACAUCAACGAUGUGACCACAGUCGCAUCUUUGAGCAACGCCGUCGUUCGUCGGAUGCAGACCUGGCUUGGCGACAACUUCCAAUACGAGUGGACACCAUGGUGGGAGAAUCCCGUGCUUGGUAUCGCCUAUGCGGAUCUUGAUCUCGCGCUCGGCAAUUCUGCAAAUCAGGCUCUCGUCACGGGCAUGCUCAAUAACAAUGACAUGGGCGUCGACUACAUGAUUGACAAGUACAUCGACGAUCAGGCCUGGUGGGGCCUCUUUGCUCUCAAAGGCUACCAACUCUACGGCAAUUCAACCUGGCUCAAGUCAGCUGCUGUGAUUCAGCAAAACUCUUCGCUCUACUGGGACGACAAGUGCGGCGGCGGCGUUAUCUGGUUGACUUACGAGCCCAACUACAAGAACACUGUCACCAACACGCUAUAUCUCGCCCUUAAUGCUCGCCUCUAUCGGGUCACGGGAACAGCAUACUAUUACCAAGAGGCAAUGCGCACGCUCAAUUGGUGGCUCGGAUGGGCGUUUGAUCCCACCACGGGCAAGGUCUACGACGGACUGACCGAUUACCCUGAAUGCGCGCCAAGUGGCUACCAGAUCUUCACGUACAACUCUGGUAUCAUCCUUACCGGCCUCGUCGAUCUCUACUACGCUACAGGCAGCACAGAUCUACUUGACCUUGGUCGUACAAUCGCAUACGCUGCAAUGCGCGACUAUUCGACCAGCGACGGUGGUGUACUCGAGGAGUCGUGCGAGCGCGACCCCGCCACCUCGGACAUGCCAACUCCAGGUUGUCCGCAAGACCAGGUCACCUUCAAAGGCAUCUUCAUGCAAGCACUGGGCUAUCUGUACCUAGCACGACACGAUGACAACAUAUUAAAUUAUAUCAAUAUCCAGAUGCUCUCGGUAGCAGCAAACAACAUUGACGACACCUGGCUCAUCGGUCAAUGGUGGAUGGGACCAUGGAACGAGACGACCGCCGGGCCAAAGACGCAGCUUUGCGGCCUGGCUAUGUUGGCCACGGCAACGUCCGCAAAUAUCCGUUUUGCCGAGCUGCUUGCUGCAGAAGGAAACACGCAGGUCGAUCCGACAGUGACUGUCACGCAAAGCGUCCCCAUCCCAACGAUCAACGCGACCACUGCAGACAGUGGACCGGCGGUAGCUAUCGGCGGGAGCUCUAUCUCCAGACCUGCUGGUGCAGGAGCUGGCCUCUUGCUAGCGAUCAUGCUUGGGCUUGGUCUGCUGGCGUAAGUGCAUGGACUCUUCACACCCUGGCGCUCUUGUACAGGCAUGCAAAUCAUGUACAAACAACAAAGAUGCAUUCAUGUUCGUGCUG